AUGCUUAAGAUGGUAACUAAUGAAUUUAGUGUUCUAGCGCGACUGAAAGAAAGUCUUCUUUUGAUCUUUAGAGAAGCAAUAACAAUUUUACCACCUGAUAAGAUUUUUACUGACCCGUUUGAGUGGUUAGGACCAGAAAUGGAAGAAGUUAUCAAAAUAUUAGGAAAGAUAAGAGAAAGAGUUAGCAAAGAAGUUAAGAGUAAAGAAGAAGAGAUUAACCGACUAGUUAAAGAUCAAAAAAGUUUAGAAGAUGCCAUUAAAUCUACAGGUUUAGAUAGUGAGAUAAAAAACAAAUCUGACCUAUCUAAAAAUCAAGAUAAAAGUACAUCUAGUCCCAUUUGGAUGACCGAACAGAACUUAGUUCUUAAACAAACACUACUCCUUCAAAGAAUCAAAGAACUAGAACUAAUCUAUCAAAAUCAAAAGCAAGAAUUUAAUGAUCUAAUUACCCAGAUAAAAGAAGUCAAUACAGCUAUUGGACAAACUCAAGACCAGCCAAUUCUUAAUCAUUCCGGCCUAAUCUACCACCACAACUUACAAGAGGCUAAAACUCUCCUUACCCAACAACAAGCCAGACUAGCCGACUUAAGAGCCGAAGCCGCCACCAAAACCAAACAAAGUCAGAUUAACCUCAGCCAUUUAGGCAUACCUUUUCAAGACUUUAAACAAACCACCUCCUCUCUUACUUCUUUAGAACACGCCUUAUCUCAACCCAACCCAAAUCUCACCGACUUAAACACUACUUUAUCUACUACUACUUCCUCUACUACUCCUAAUACUUCUAAUCUUAAUACUUCUACUACAUCUACUAAUACUUCUUCUAACCCUAAUACUACUACUCCUUCUAAUCUUAAUACUACUUCUACAUCUUCUAAUACAUCUACUUCUACCAAUACCAAUACUACAUCUACUACUUCUACUUCUACUAACACCAAUACCAAUACCACAUCUACUUCUUCUAAUACUAACCUAAUACUAACUCCAGCAGAAGCUACUUGCUUGUUACACCAGACGAGUAGAGUACAAAGACUAGCCCAGCAGAUUGAAGCUAAACUUCAAACUAGAAUUCAACUCCUUAGAGAAAGAGUGCCUGAAACUACUUUACCCCCUCCUUCUUCAACUCUUCUCCAGUCAAUUGUUCAACUAAGUCAAGCCAUUAAUGCAGCUGAACACCUGUACAAAGCAAGAAUCACUACUAUUUACCAGGAUAGUAUCACUCGUAUUCAGAAGUACGCUGAUCAACUUCAAGAAAUAGUACAACAACCCAUUCCAGUUAGUACUUAUCCUGAUGUUAAUGAUCUGCCUUUUACUGAACAGGAACAACUCUUGAUUAAAGUUGAACAAGCCGCGACUGAAUUAGAAAAAGAGUAUACGAUUCUAAGAGAUAUCAAAGCCUUUAUUAGAGAAAGGGAAGAACUACUGGUUAAAAUGUCGGCUUUUGAAGAACAGGCUAGUGAUCCACAAAGACUCUUCCGUAGUUCCUUCCAACUAAUUUCCGAGGAAAAGUUCCGUAAGAUGGCUGUACCUACUCUCUUACGAGUUGAAAAAGAGAUCUUCUCAUUGGCCCAGGAGUAUACAACUCGUUUUAAUCGACCGGUUUCUAUCAACAACCAACUAAUUGUUAACGAUCUCCAAGUUCAAAUUUCACACCGAAUCAUUAACUCUAAUGUUUUUCUAACUGCCCGGCCUAAGACCCGUUAA